GAGGGCGCGAGCGCAGGGCGCCGCCAAUGGGCAGGGGCAAGUUCGACAAGGACGUCCAGAGUAUACACGACGCGAUCCACCCGCACGUCACCGACAGCGGGUUCUUGGAGUACCGCGAGGAGCUCACUGGCGCCAGGGGCGCGAAGGAGCUGCUGAAGCACAAAGCGCUGAUCAACACGACUCCGUCAGGCGUGCCGCAGAGCCCGAUGUAUCGGACCUUCCUCAUGGUGGCGAAGGCCCACGAGGAGAGCUGGCGGCUCGGCACCGAGGCCGAGGGGUGGGCCUUGAAGCAAGCCAAGAGGUGCAGGGCAAUGAAAAGGGACGUGCUACAGGGGUUCGUGAAGCUGCAGUCCAAGAAAGGCGACCCCGACGCAGAGGCGCGGGCGUGGCUCCAGGGUUUCGCCAGCGACGCGACCACCGACGGUGGCGCCGCCGCUGGCGAUGCUGCGGAUGACGACGAGGAGUGCACCUGGCGCUUCGGCCACGACCCCGACGGACACGGAGAGGACGAUCGAGAGCAGGCGGCCACACGCAAGCGCGUCACCGCCAACGGGGUCAUUGGCCAGGUCGAGCAGAGUUUGCCGCUCAAGGAUGACCACCAGAAGGAGCCCAACAACCAGGUGGUCGCGAGGUGGGCUGACGGCACCGUCUACGCGAUCCCGCAGAUCACAUGCGGCCAGCUGCGGGCCGUGGACGGGCGGAGGAGCGCAGCAUUCGACGAGUGCGAGCUUGACAACGGCUGGUGGCGGUUGAUCGAGAAGAAUGAGCGGGGCGUGAGGGUGCUGUGCAUCAUGCACAAGGUCCCGAACGCCGCCGCCAAGCAGCAGGUUCAGCUCGUAGCGACGGGGCAGGAGGGCGACACCUUCGACGCGUCCGUGGAGGGCAUGAAGGAGCGUGUCAUGCUGGAGGGUGGAUCGGAGGGCGAGAGGCACGGCGAGGAUGACAAGGGCGUGGCCAAUGCGCAGAAGCAGGACUUCGGCUCGCACGCGAAGAAGUCGGUGAAGAAGCGCCCUGCUGCCCAGACGCCGCCUGUGACUGAGGCGGACGGCGCGCUCCCGAGCCCGGACGGCGCGCCGCAGGCGAAGGCUCCGAAGGUGACAGUGACCAUGAAGACGGAUACGGGCAAGGGCGGCGGCGCGCGGGGCAAGGGCGGCGGCAAGCAGAGCAAGGGCGGCGGCAAGCAGAGCACGGGCGGCGGCAAGCAGAGCACGGGCGGCGGCAAGCAGAGCACGGGCAAGAACACCGAUGCCGAGGGCCAGAUCAAGGGCGACGUCGUCAAGAGCAGCCGCAAGUUGAGCAUCGGCGAGGGUUCGACUGUCGGCGCGGGCUCAGGAUCGCGCGGCUCGCGCAUAGCCUUCCUGGAGAGCUCGUCCGACGAGGACGGCAUCUACCCCGCCCUCGACGACGGCCCCAUGCUCGACGGCCGCGCCCUUCGCACCUUCCUGGGUGCGGCAGCUGGCGGCGCUGAUGGAGUCAUCGAGGUCGGUGCCGCGGUCAGCCAGCUACCCGCCGCGAGCAGCGAGGCCGCCGCGAUCGACAGCGACGACGCCCCACUGGACACGCUGGUCAAGACGGAGCCCGUUGAUUCUCAUGACGUGCUUGCCGAGGCAGUGCGUGCGUCAAGCAAGCUCCGUGAUCCAGACGUGGGUGCUCCGCCUGAGGGUCAACCUGUUCUGACCGCGCAGCCAGGUCCAGCAGUGCACCAACUUCCAGAAGAGCAGCCUCCUGCACCAGGUCCAGCAGUGCACCGGCCUCCAGCCGCGCAGCCUCAUGCGCCACGUCCAGCAGAACCGACAGCUCAGAAACACGUCAAGCCCGACAAUGUCGCUGCAUCAAAGUCAUUGGAGGAGCUGUCGACAGCGGCGGGGGAUGAUUUUUCGAUCGAAGCGCAGAUCCAGCAGCAGCUCGACCUGGAGGACGUCCUGGAGUCGGAGGCGGGCGACCUCCUCGCGAAAUCGGACGGCGACGCCGACGUCCUCGCAGACUUCUUCAAGACGGGCUUCGCCAAGAUCAGCCACUUCACGGACCCCGGGGUGGAUGUGGAUGGUCCCGCAGCUCAGGGCGGCGCCGGUGACAGCGGGGAGGUCUCGGCAGAAGACGUAGCUGAGGCGAAGUCUUGGGGGCAGCAGAAGACCAACGACUUCAUGUUCACCACGGACACCAAAGCAGGGAACCCAGCGGCUGGCAGAUGGAAUCGAUGGUGCAAGAACCCCAACAAUGCAGAGAAGAAAGCAGAACCUGAUGCGCUGAAGGGGCAGCCGCUGGCAAUGAAAAAGUGGCGACAGAACUGGAACAAGACCGAGUACGACACCUUCACGACCACGCUCAAGAAGCAAACGACACACGCCAAGGAGACAUUCGCGGACGCCUGGUACUUUACCAUCGGGAGGAUCGCCACAGGAGAAGGCGGUGGGAAACAGGGGGUCCGCAACGCCACAAAUUGGGCUCUCAAGGCUAUCGCGGUCGGGCAGCCCUACUGGAAGUACUGCAGCUGGGCCAAGGACUACAAGUUUCUUUACAAGCUCGAGGGCGUGAAGGAGCGCAUGGAGACCAAGUGGAUCACGCUCAAGGAGAAGUUUGCCCACCAUAACAAGGACAUGAGCACAGCGGGCGCCAGCGAUGCGUUCCCGCGGGAGGUGGUGCGCAAGCUCAGCGGCUCGGGCCCGCGCAUACCAGUCGGCGCAGCGUCCGCCGCUGGCGCCGACGUCGCGACGGCGGCGCCAGAUGAGGAGCCAUGUGUGAAUGCUGACGGUGCGGCAGGCCCAUCGCACAAACGGAGGCGCAAAGUGAAGUCACCCGAGGAUGAGGCAGCGGGGGUUGCAGCGGCUGCGGAGCUGGCAAAGCAGGAUUCGUCUGAGAAACAUGCGGCGGAGGAGAAAGCAAAGACGGACGCUGAGGAGAAGACAAAGAAGGCAUCGGAGGAGAAGGCGGUGGCUGAUAGCAUCAAGAAGGUGCCGAAGGCCAAGGCGGCUGCUGCGUCGGUUGCGGCGAAGCUCGUUGGCAGGGCCAAGAUCACCGAGAGCAACUACGGCGUGGCGCAGGCGGAGGCGAACUCCUUGAUCCACGACAUCAAGAAGGUGCCAACUGACGGCUCCGUCAACAAAUGGUCGUGGGCAAACGCGCCAGUGCAUUUGUCGACCAUCAUGGAUCCCCUCGACAAGCUCGCUGAGAUCACGCGCGAGCGCGAGGUCUUCGGUCAGUUCAUGACGUCUGACAUCAGCCAGAUGCGCGCCACCACGGCCAAGCAGAAGAGCCCCGAGGCAAUCGAGAAGUUUGACAGGUAUUUGGCCGAGUUCUCAGAGAAGAUGGACCCCGUCAUCGGCGACCUCGAGCGCGAGGCCCGCAUCUUGAUCAGCCAGCAGCGCGCCAGGGAGACGGCGCUCGAGGCCAACGCCGACCAGAGCUCUGAGACAGGGAGGCGCGCGAAGCGGGCGCUACCGCACGCGCUGACUGCGCUGAUCGUGCAGCUGAUCGGGGGCAGCUGGAUUCGAUUGCACGGGAACCCCGCGCUCUACGCAACGUGGCUCGACGAGACCCUCAACAUAACAUUGAGGUCCGCGGCCGAGCACGCCCGUCAGACCAAAUUCGAGUUUCGUGCGUUCAAAGUGUUCGGGUUGAUGUCGGGGCUCGGGCUCAGUAAGUUUGCAUAUGCGCCGCCCGAACCGCUUGCGUGA